GAGGGAGGGGCGCGAGCGGCGGGAGCCCACGAUGCCCGAGUUCCUGGAGGACCCGUCGGUCCUGACCAAAGACAAGUUGAAGAGCGAGUUGGUGGCCAACAACGUGGCGCUCCCGGCCGGCGAGCAGCGCAAGGACGUGUACGUGCAGCUCUACCUGCAGCACCUCACGGCGCGCAACCGGCCGGCGCUCGCCGCGGGCGCCAACAGCAAGGGGCCCCCCGACUUCUCCAGCGACGAGGAGCGCGAGCCCACGCCGGUGCCGGGCUCCGGGGCCUCCGCGGGCCGCGGCCGCGGCGCCGUCGGCAGGAAAGCCACAAAGAAAACUGACAAGCCCAGACUGGAGGAUAAAGAUGACCUGGACGUGACAGAGCUCUCGAAUGAAGACCUUCUGGAUCAGCUCGUGAGAUUCGGGGUGAACCCCGGUCCCAUCGUGGGGACAACCAGGAAACUGUACGAGAAGAAGCUGUUGAAACUGAGGGAACAGGGGCCAGAGUCUCGAUCUUCUACUCCUCUGCCAACAGUCUCUUCUUCAGAAAAUGCGAGGCAGAAUGGCAGUAAUGACUCCGACAGAUACAGCGACAAUGACGAAGACUCUAAAAUAGAGCUCAAGCUUGAGAAGAGAGAGCCACUAAAGGGCAGAGCAAAGACUCCAGUAACACUCAAGCAAAGAAGAGUUGAGCACAACCAGGUUGUCAAUAGGUUGACUGGAAAUUUCAAGCAUGCAUCUUCUAUUCUGCCAAUCACUGAAUUCUCAGACAUACCCAGAAGAACACCAAAGAAACCAUUGCCGAGAGCCGAAGUGGAAGAAAAAACAGAGGAAAGAAGAGUAGAAAGGGAUAUUCUUAAGGAAAUGUUCCCCUAUGAAGCAUCCACUCCCACGGGAAUUAGUGCUAGUUGCCGCAGACCAAUCAAAGGGGCAGCAGGCCGACCACUAGAGCUCAGUGACUUCCGGGUGGAAGACUCCUUCUCAUCUAAAUAUGUCCCCAAGUAUGUCCCCUUGGCGGACGUCAGAUCAGAAAAGACGAAGAAGGGACGCUCCAUUCCCAUGUGGAUAAAAAUGUUGAUGUUUGUUGUAGUAGCAGUUUUUUUGUUUUUGGUGUAUCAAGCUAUGGAAACCAACCAAGGAAAUCCCUUCACUAAUUUUCUUCAAGAUAAUAAAAUAUCCAACUGAAGAAAUCACUUCGGCACAUUCAACCUGAUCUCCUGUUUUUAAUAACUGUAGAAACAUCCGUGUCCUCUGUUGCCUGAAGAAGUAGCAUCAUGACUUCACCUCAGUAAAAUCAGCGCUGCACUGAAAAGCAGACGAGACUCAUACAUGGACCUCAUUUCAACACUUUGGACUUGGGAGAUCACAUUGUGCCAUAUGAAUAAUUUUUUUAGCUCUGGAACUUUUUUGUAGGCUUUAUUUUUUUAAUGUGGAUAUCUUAUUUCACUUUUGGGGAAAAUGCAUUGUUUUGUGUAUUUGAAAAAUAAGGCAAAACAUGGUGAUGUAAUGUGAAGCUACACAUUAAAUACUUGGAAUUCUUACAGAAAAGAUUUAUGACUUAUUCUCUACCGAGUAAAAAUGUUACAGAUGUGAAUGAGGUGAGUUAGAGAGGGUCCCCCGUUGUGCUCCCUGUAAUGUCACGGUGUGUUGUCCAUGGAAGGUGCAGCAAUAAGCUCUGGUGUGACUUGGGUCAGUGAUAGCGUGGUAUUGCUGGUGCGGCCCUGCCAUACUUCUCCCUGAAAUAGUUUCAUGGCAUGAAAUUCCCGCUUCGUUCAACCAUUUAAGUACACUUGCUUCUCCACAGAGAUCUUCUAGGGCAACAUGGACACCUGUUUGCAGUUACUAUUAGCUGGCGACGUUUGGAAGAGCAGUUAGCUAGCUAUGAGAUGGUCAUUGGAAUCUUGUACUUUUUAUCUACAACAGAGCGUUUACCCUGUCAGCCCAGGAUAUUAUCAAAAUGUCCUUUAGGUAAAUAAGUGCAGGGGUGUUUGUCCUGUCAGGAACUAAGGGCUGGUCUCCUGCUUCAUUUGGGUUCCUUGCUUCAAUGUCUUCUACUACCAAAAAGAAAAAAUUACUUUGCCAGGGAUUUUUUUCUGUUUUAGGUUGAGGUGUGGGGUGUUUCUGGGGUUUUGUUUGUCUUAGCCAUAUAGUUCCUGAUGUAAUUCGAUUUAAAGGUCUAUCAUUUGCUUUUAAAUCCCAUACGCAGUAGCAGAUGCUUCCUUUGUAAUUGUGAAUAAGGGUGGGCAUUAUAAUUAUGAUUUUAUGUACUCUUGAAGUGAUUAACAAUAUCCUUAUGGUUGUCUUAUAUUUUAGCUGAAAUUUACCUCAUGUAUGGCUUAAAUAAAAGUUGCAGUAAAUUUAAAUUUUAGUAGAAUCAAGUAAAGCAAAAAAUUUUUAAAUUAGUCAUUUUUAAGUUACAAUUUUACAGUCAUUGACCGUAAAGCACACUAAAAAUGUAAAUUAUUUUUAAUAACAUCCAAAAAUGUAAAGGUAAUUCUAAUUUUUAAAAAAGGAGGAAGUGAAGAUGACUAUUUAGACCAGCACACAAUUUUCUAUUGUAUUUAGCUUUUAGAUAUUUCAUAGACAUUUUAAGUAAACUUUGUCAUUAAGACCAGAACAUGUAGGUGUGGUCUGGUCUUUCAGGACAUGUGGGAAGCUGACUCAGAUCUGAAGUGCUUGCCUCUCUGAGUAAAAGUGUCUCUUUUGAGAUGAGCCACAGGGGGGCCAUGUUUUACUCAAUUUUCCACUCUAAGGUAAUAGCCAUCUUUCUUCCUUUGUUUUCAGACAGUGCUUCUCAUACUGUUUCAGUCUUUGGUUUAUAAUUAAAAAUUGUGAGAAGCCCCACUUAAUGUUUAAAAAUGUGGGGAGAUAAAUCAGACUUAACAUAUACUAUAAGCAAGGUCAGUCUGGAAUAGGAAAAGUAUGGUCCAGUAUAGCAAAAGUAGGGCCAGGUAAAACAUGCCAUUUUUUUUAAAAAGUGUACUUGGUCUUUUGUCUGUGUCUGUUUUAUUCCACUAGAGUAAAUGUGUCCUCAAUGGAAAUGCAAAGCAUUUAUUAAUUCCUAGAUGUAGACUUUACAAUAUAAUUCAAUAAUAAAGAAAUUAACUCUA